GCUCUCUCUCUCUUACUCAUGGAGUCGAUCAGCGGUCGCUUCGCUCUUUUUCCGCCGCAUCCGGCGCUUUUCCUCCGCCCGGAGGACAGGAGUUACCCGCGCAGCCCGAAAUGCGCCCGCUGCAGGAAUCACGGGGUGGUUUCGGCUCUUAAGGGACACAAACGCUUCUGCCGCUGGCGGGACUGCGAGUGUGUCAAGUGCGCAUUAAUCGCGGAGCGGCAGCGUGUCAUGGCGGCGCAGGUGGCGCUGCGGAGGCAACAGGCGCAGGAGGAGCUGCAGAUGGUUUACCCCACAGCGAGAGCGACCGGGAUCGGCACAAACCCGUCCACUUCACCCCCGUUUGACACUUUCAAAGACGAAAACCCCCAGAGUAAGAGCAGUGUGACUGAUGGGUUCAUGAAUCAGGCUUUAUUUCUACCUUGCGCGUCUACAAUCAUCCCCUCAAGUGACCCCGUGAAUGACAGUGUGUCUCCAGGCCCGGAUCAUCUCUCAGUCCAUGUGAAGUCGCUAAAGUCCGAUCUAGAGUCAGACAUCGAGCUCAAGAAACUCAAAGACCACCCAUCAGACCUUAGCAGGAGAACCCCCGCUACAGUUUUACAGAAGAUCUUCCCUCACCUGAAAGCGUCCGUUCUGGAGGCGGCUCUUAAAAGCAGUUCAGAGGACGUUCUGAAGGCCAUCGAUCUGGUGCUGGGUUAUCAGCAGGGUCACAGCCCCACUGGAGCUGCCGUGCCGUCCUGUGAGAAUGUGCCCGUCUCCCAAUCAAACAGCUUCACAGAUGCUCCACUGAGACACUUCAGCUCCAAAUCUGCUUUCUCCCCCCUCCAGUCCUCAUCCACAAACUGCUUCAGGAGCGAAGGUUUGAUGGGGUUCAACCAACGGUUCGCGUUUGGUCCACUGCGACUUACCUACUCAACGCCAAACUUUAUUCCGCCAUACAUAACUUCUGGAUUUCUCCCCGCGAUGUCCCUGCGGCCGCCAACUGGAUAUCCAUUCAGCAGCCUCCUACGAGAUCUGCCACAUCCCAAAGACACGUUCAACCCCACCGGCCUCUACUCAAGCCACGACACAUGACCACGAAAAUGACACAUGACAUAAGUACAGCUGUGGUCUGCAUUUCUAUUUUUAUACUGUUAUAUUACUUUUUAUUGAAACAUAGUAAACGUUUACACCUGCUUAAAGUACAUAUAUGUUUAUGUCCCAUUUUGUUAAAGUCAAAUAAAAGAAACUGUUUAAACCAUUGACUGCUGAAGAGAGUAGCAAGUUAAAUGUGUAAAUGAAGACAUAGUUUCCCUAAAUAAAUAAAUAAACUUUUUUUUCCCUAAAAUGUGGGUUGAUGCUAUUUUUAAGCAAUGAGUCAACAACACAACGAAACAGGCCGUGCAAUGAUUUGCUACCAUACAGACAUGCAACCAUACAGACCCAUUCUCAUCAAUUGCGUACAAACAACACACUCUUGCAAUAUCGUGUAAUACAUAUGCCAAAGUUCAAUUGUGCGUGACGUGCAUACUAAUAGAUCUGGAUAGAAACAUACACUUGUUUCUUGUUUAUAUCAUUUUAUUAUUCCAUUUCAUUUAUCACAUUUAUUACAAUAUUCAUCAUAUGUAUUCAUUCAUUUAUUUUAUUAUUCACUUCUAUUCAUAUUAUUUGAUCCUUACUUUCCUGUUGUUUAACCUGGGAGUUGUAUUGUGUCUUAUGCUGAUAUGAGUAUCUGUUGGUCUCCAUCUCAAGGUUCAUAAUAAUGUCAUGAGACAAUGUUUUGAUACUGUAAUCUUGAAUGUUAAAAACACAUAUUGAAUCUGUUUCUAGUCAGACGAAGUUUGAGCAUCAACACACAACUGAGAUUAUUCAAUAAAUCAUUUGUCUGUCUAUUUA